AUGUCAUCCCAACGUCCAAACCUUCAAGUGGUGACAAACCUCGAGUCUCUUCAACCUCAAGACCAUCUCAUCCAAGCAAUCGCAUCAACCCUUUCUAUUCCUCUCGACGAUAUUCUUCUAUUCGACUCCUUCUCCGAAUUGGGCGGCGAUCAAGACACAGCGCAACAAGUCUGUCUCGCUUGUCGAAGCAAGGGUUUGGAUGUUAGCGGUAAAGACAUCCUGACUUGUCCUACUUUGGCCGAGUUGCAGACGCGCAUUACGCCGCGCGGGUUGAGUAUUUCCUCAUGCAGCGAUGAUUCGGGAGGUACGGAUACGUUUUCGAGUGAUGAGUUGUCAUCGGACAACAACAGCAGCAGCAAGGGAGGAGAAGAAAAAGAACUAGAACUAGAAGCAGAAACAGAAACAAAUAGGGCUGCAGGGGCUGUGGAGUCUAAUUUAUCGAGCUUACGGCUGUCAUUUCCCACCGUCAGCGAGUCUACAGGCCUAGCCUGUCGCUACCGCCUGGUCCUUAUUAUUACCCCCAGAGCAGGCCCAUUCGACGGUCAAUCAGUAGCUCUUAUUAGGAUCGACUCUGUCUCUGGCUUUUCGUCUGUCAAUAACACUACUCUAUCAACAAACGAGUUCCAUCUCGCAAAGUCGCAGAUUUCUCUCUUGCGCAUGGAACACGGUCCUCAGAUCUGGAUCCCAAUUGAUCACUCCCACCAACAAAACAACAAGAGGGCGCUGCAAACAUGGGUGCAGAAUAUGGAUUCGCUUACUUACAACGAGGUCAUGAAGCUUCAGAUUCCCGCCCGUCGCAGUCGUGUCAUGACGAGGAAGAGGAGUAACCUGUCGCCUAUGGAUAUCCAUGAAUUGGAAGGUUUCUGUCUUUCGCCUAUGCAGCAGCUUUGUUUACAGGGUAACUGCGACACAUUUGAGGGAACUUGGACAAGGAGUGCUAUUCUCAAUGUUCAAGGCGGUGCGGAACCGGCUGAUGUUGACGCUGCUGUUGAUGCCGUCGUGGCAAGACAUUCCAUGCUCAGAGUCAGAUUUCGGCAAACUGAAGGAAAAUGGGAACAGUGUAUUUUCCCUGCGGCGCCGAGUUCGUAUCUUCUCACGCAUCAUGUUGAUAUCCCUGAGGAUGAGAUACGCGACUUGGUUGACGACAUGGAAGCGAGCAUUCAUCCUACCGAGGGACCUGCUUUUGCGGCAAUGUACAUCCAUAACCAAGAGAGACAGACACUCUACCUCGCAGCACACGAAUUGGCUCUGGACGAUGCAUCGUGGAAGAUUGUGCUGAGCGAUUUGGACGAGCUUCUUCAAAAAGGCACCCUUUUGUCCGAAGGAUCGGCAUCGUUUAAGUACUGGACAAAGUGUCAGGGUCGACAAAUGGCACAGAGAUUAUUCGAGCCGACACUUCCUUUUGAGGUGUAUUCCGCCAAUUUGGAGUACUGGGCUCUCACACAGGAACUCAACACAUUUGGAAACUCAUCACGAGUGUCAUUCAAUCUUUCUCCCGAGCAAGCGUAUUCUUUGGAACAAACGUCUGCUCAAGUUUUGAGAACAGAUGUUUCUGACAUCUUCUUGGCUGCGCUGUUAUUAUCUUUCUGUCAGGUAUUCCCAGAGAGAAAUCUUCCGACGUUGUGGAAGCGAGAGAAUGGGAGAGAUGGCGCAGAGAGUGAGUUUAACAUUUUAGAAACCGUUGGAUGGUUCGCUUCACUUUGUCCGAUUGGCGUUUCCAUCGAUUCAGAAACGGAUUUGAUUCAGGUUAUUACUUUACUCAAGGACACACGCAGGGCUAUACCGAGAUUUGGUGUGCCGUUCUUUACAUCUGAAUUCGGUACCAGUCAAGGCGCAGCAACAAACACUCCCCUCGAAAUCGUCUUCAAGUUGGUCAACACGGCAAAACAACUUCAGCGUCAGAAUGGUUUAUUUGAACCAGUCGCAGCCAAAGGCCAAAUAGCAGGUCUGAAGAGUACCGCAGGACCUAAUAUUGGACGGAUCGCUCUAUUCGAAAUCUCGGCAGCGUUGGAUACAUCCGGAGCGCAAAUCGAUAUUGUGUACAAUAACACCUGCAGAUACCAGGACAAGAUCCAGACUUGGAUUCAGACUUUUGAACAUCAUGUUCUCGACGCUAUUACAAGACUGAAAACUCACGAACCGCAACUCACACUCUCCGACAUUCCUCUCUUACAAACAAGUUAUCAAUCCCUCGGCCGCCUCUGUUCAGAUCGACGUGUCAAUGUCAAGGAUAUCGAAACGAUAUACCCCGUGACACCUUCCCAACAGGAGAUCCUCAUCGCGCAGGCCCAGAAUGUAGGGGUGUACCACUGCCAUGUCGUUUACGAGAUGACUGCUCUUCAGCUCCCCAUCGAUGUAACUCGGUUAUGUGAAGCGUGGGAAGUCAUCGUGUCCAACACACCUGCUUUGAGAAGUAUCUUUAUCGAUGCUGUUUCACGAGAGGGAUUAUUCGACCAAGCUGUUCUUAGAAAGGUAUCGCCGAGUAUCUUGUUCAUUGAAACGUCGGAUCCGGAUGAUGCUGUGGUUACGUUGCCAGUUAUGAGUACACCUUUUGGAGAACCGAGACAUCGCUUGGCAGUGUGUUAUAAUCCCAUGAGGAUGGUCAUGAGACUUGAUGCAAGCCAAGCAAUCUGUGAUUUACCAAGUCUUCAUCUUCUAAUAGCAGAAUUAACACGCGUCUUCUCCUCUCAAAACCCACAAGACAACUCCUCUCUACACAACACAUAUCUUCACCAAAUCUCCUCCAUCGAUACAGCCUACAGUCUCCAAGUUUGGAAAACAAGCCUGUCAAACGCAAAACCAUGCAUCUUUCCUUCUUUAUCACAAACUGGGAACAACACGUCUCCGUUUGACUUUGACAUUUCGAGGACUCAGAUCGAGUUCUUCUGUGAGCAAAACAACAUUGCUGCGGAAGCUAUAUUCCAACUUGCAUGGGCUCUUGUCCUUCGUGCAUUCGUAGGUACGCAGGAUGUUACUUUCGGAUACCAAUUCAACGCGCGCGAUGAAGAUCUUCUUUGCGGAAUUACAUCCCUGGUUGGAUGUUUCGCUACGGUUUUACCUUGUGUUGUAGACUUUUCUGCGUCGCAGUGUUUGGAGGAAUGUCUUAUUUCUAUGGAUGAGACUUUUUCGAAUGCAAAGAAGCACGAUAAUGUCACUUUGGCGGAAAUACAGCAUGUCUUGGGUCUAAAGGAAAAGACACUCUUUAAUACUUGUCUUUACUUUCAGACUCCGGAUGAUCUUGACACGGGUGAUGAAUUGACGGCUUCGUUGGUUACUUCUGGGCGCAAGACGGAUUGCGAUGUUAGUCUUACGCUGAUGUUUGUUGACGAGUAUCUUCGUGGGGACUUGACAUCGCCUUAUCUUUCUGCGACGCAGGUUCAGAGUGUUAUGAAUAGCUUUCACGCAGCUCUAUACCACAUCCUCACAAGUCCUGAUAAAGCUAUCGUUGAAACAGAUCUUCUUACAGACAAGGAUUAUGCUUCUCUCGUUGUUCAGGACUGGGAAUUGGUACAGCAGUCGCAAAAGGUGUCUGCUUGUUUACACGAUGUUAUUCUUCAACACAGUUUUACAAGACCCAACGCUCCGGCUGUGUGUUCAUGGGACGGCGAUAUAACAUAUGUUCAACUCGCAACUCUUGUGCAAAGACUAAAAACAUAUCUCGUCAAUCUCGGUGUUGGGCCUGGAACUGUUGUCCCUGUUGUUUUGGAAAAGAAUCACUGGGCACCUGUUAUUAUCCUCGCCGUUCUUCAAGCAGGAGCCAGUUUUGCACCGCUUGAUUGUCAAGACCCUGCGACUGCAAGAUCAACUAUCGAUUAUCUCAAUCCUCAUGUCGUUCUCGCCACAGAGACUGCUUGGAAGGAUUUGAGUACUCUGGCUAUUAACCUCGUCAUCAUCAACGAUACAUUCUUCGCCAUGCUUACACCAUACGUAUCAGCCAUCGGCCAGGACGCUACCCCCGACCACGCAGCAUGCAUAUUCGUCACGCCCAAGAAAUCAAGGAGUAUCUUUUUUACUCACGCUUCUCUCCUAUCUACAUUCAUAGCCCAAGCCCAACCCUUCAAACUCACAAGCGAAAGCCGCGUUCUACAACUCUCUGCAUUCAACGUCGAUAUUUCUCUUGUGGAGAUCCUCGGUACGCUUGUUCAUGGCGGAUGUGUCUGUGUUCCUCAUCCUCAUGAUAGAGCACAUGAUGUAGCUGGUGCCAUGGCGCGCAUGGAUGUGACUUGGUCGUACAUGACAAGUCUUCUCGCGCGAAAGAUCAACCCUGAUUCAGUACCCAGUCUAAGAACGUUGUGCUUUCGCACGAGGAGACUUGAUCCAGAUACGUACAUGCCCUGGCUGGAAGACCAUGAUGUUUUGGUCGCGUACGGCGCACCUGAUAUCUGUCCCCUGGGUAUUUCUGUUACCAAAGUCAACAAGGGUGGUGACAUUAGUGUUAUCUCACCACCAGUUACAGGCAGAUUCUGGGUUUUGAAUCCUGAUAAUCCCAAGAAACUCAUGCCUGUCGGUGCAAUUGGUGAAUUAGCCAUUGAUAGUCCUCUCGCCACACCUCAUCGUUUCGCACUGGACAAGCCCCUCCUCGCGCCAGAGACAUACUCAUCACCAGACGAGAAACCUCGUGCGCGAUAUCUUAAAACAGGUCAUCGCGUACGCUACCUCGAUGACGGAACAGUUCAAUUCCUAUCCAGCGUUCGCGAUGAAGUCAAAGUCAGCGGUUCGAAUGUCGAUGUUGCCCAAGUCGAACAAAUCAUGCGUCGAUGUUUAGGUACAGGAAUCGAUGUGGUGGUAGAUUCCAUAACAACUCGCGAUUCAGGACCUCUACUAGCUGCAUUCCUCGAACUUGGACCUCAUGUAUUCCAACAGCACGAAAGUCUACGAGAUCUCAGUCCUGAAACGAAGGAAAAGACAUAUAUUGCCAAAAAGAUGUUUGAAACUGCUCUUGAGAGUACUUCUGCGGCGAGGGAUAGUCUUCCAAGAUACUGUAUACCCUCCGUCUUUAUCCCCGUUCCUUCAUUCCCAAUGUCUACUUCUCUCAAAGUCAAUCGGAGGAAAUUACAGCGCAUGGUAUCUAAUCUCUCAACACAUGAUGUUCUGCACAUGUCCCGCGUUCCUAACCCAGGCGAGAUCCAGCGCAUUAUCAUAUCACAGAAACCUCUUCCCAUGACUGGUCCCGAAGAAACCAUGCGCGAACACUGGGCGAGCGUGAUUGGCAUUUCCGUCUCUGCAAUCAAAAGCUCGAGCAGUUUUUUCUCUGUGGGAGGAAACAAAUUCCUCGCUGCUCAAUUAGUCGUUACAUGUCGCAAAGCAGGUCUUUACCUCUCCUUGACUGAUCUUCUCGGCGGGGCGAGUCUCACAGAGAUAUGUCGAUCUUCAGAGUCGUCUACUCGCAAACAGACAAAGAUUAAAACACUUGCUGCGAAGAAACUGGAUAUGAGAUUCGUCAAGGAUGUUAUUGUACCGCAACUUCACUGUUCGAGUCCGGAUGUUCUUGACUUUGCAGAGGCAUCUGCUCAGCAAGUACGAGGUCUCGAGUUGGGUAUGUUUAGAACACGCGCCGAUAUAGUUUGUCUUGCGCUCCGUUUCAACGGUCCUGUUGAUCCAUCCCGUCUCGAAACUGCGUGUACAUCUCUUGCAAAGAUGCACGCUAUUCUCAACAUAGCGUUUAUAACGCAUGAGCAUCGACUAUAUCAAGUCCACUGCGCUUCCUCCACGCCUCCUUUCAUGACGAUCUCCUGCCCCCCUGGCUCUCUCGAUGACGCUACUCAAAACAUUAUCAAAGAGAACCAGAACUUAUCUUUCGAUCCUAAAGUCCCUGUUACAAAGUUUACAUUUUUAAACAGUGAUUCACGGGGCUCUUUGGUAAUCCGUCUAAGCAAGACGCAGAUCGACGAUGUAUCAGCACAUCUUCUCAUCCACGAUUUAGCAUCUCUUUACGAUGGCGAUUCAACACAGGAUAUCCCUCGCUCUUCAUAUCUGGACUACACGCGCGCUACAAGGGUUUCGUAUCAACAAGGUCUCGAAUACUGGAACUGCCAGUUGGACAAUGCAAAAAUGACAAAGAUCGUUGCAUCAACCCGUCCCACCCCUCCAGCAUCAGUAUCCGAGAUCAGAACACUCAAGCAGACGACUUCUCUAGGCCAUCUCGCCCCCUACGGAAUGACUCCCGACGUAGCCCUCAAAGCAGCAUGGGCUAUCGUCCUAUCUACCAUCUCGAGCACCCACGACGUUCUAUUUGGCGAAGCAAUCCAAUGUCAGUCUCCCAGCCCUGACAUUAUCGGUCCCAUGUCCAAUAUUCUUCCUGUGCGUGUACAAUUCCCAGCAAGUCAUAGUACACCUCUCGACUUGAUGAACUGUAUCCAACUCCAGCGCCAAUCCCACGCACGCUAUGAAACCUUUGGAAUCCAAGAACUCGUCAGCAAAUGCACUCCCUGGCGCUCCUGCACGCGAUUCAGUACCAUUGUACAAAAUUACGUCCCUGGUUUACUAGACGGUUCUUCAACGAUGAAUGUCCACGGCGCAACGUUUACGUAUCGCAUGAUAGAAUCCUGGACAAAGGACUUUCCGGAUCUUUUCGUUAGAUCAACUGUCGAAGCAAACGACUGUGUAACUCUCGAGAUCAAAUACUCUGAAGAACGACUCCCCCAUUCUUUUGUCCAGUCAUGUCUGAGUCUUCUUGUGGCAGCUUGGGAAACGCUUACACAUCCUGACAUGAUUCAUCAACCGAUGGUACAGUCAUCUGAAGAAAUUGCGCGAUCAGAGCGCAAGAUUCCCCUUCCUGCGAGGUCAUCGCCUCUUGUCGAAUCCCAUCUCGACAGCGCGCAGCGAGAGAAACUACAAGAAUCUAUUGUCAGUGUAUGGACCAAAGUGAUAAACCCAUCACCUUCGAUCCCAAAGAAUAAACUCCCCAGCACCCCAUUCUACAGCAUCUCGCAAACCAUCCUCCCUGCUCACACUCUCGCUUCUGAGCUCAACACCACACUCUCUCUUAAUCUCACCGCGGAGGAUAUCCUCGCCCACCCAAGCAUGAACGCCCAGCUAGAUCUAAUAGCAGGCACACUCCCCCCCAAACACGACAGUAUAUCUUCACUCCUCCACCUCAAGACCAAACCUGCUGCAGACCGAUCUCUACGCGCCAGUCUCCGCAGUUUCAAAAACCGAAACAGCAUGCUAAGUCUACGAGCAAGUUGGAUAAAGCCCAAGCGCGCACCAUCAGAAAUAUCUGACGAAACACCCUCUACGAUAAUGGAGGAAACACCACUGUCUCCCAUCCCUACCAUAAUAAUUCCCGAGAUUGGAUCAUCAGAUACGCCUGUGAGCGUAAACCACCAUUUAGUCGAACUAGACGCUGAACCAGUUUAUCUAAACCCAAUUCGAAGCAUGAGUGAUCGGAGAAGUAGUGGUGGCUCAUCACGGAUGGUUAUUGAUGAGGUGAGCUGUACGCCUCCGUCAAGAAUGUCCAUGUGGGGAAUACCAAGGAGAACAUCACCUUUGGCACGCCGAUGA